AGCUGGUCGUAUACCUACAAAUUAUCUACGGCGAGAACUUUCUGUAUCUGAACAUGAAAUACUUACUAGUAGAUUAAUUGAUCGUUCACUACGGCCUUUGUUUCCUUCUACUUACUGUUUCGACACACAAAUUAUGUGUAAUUUAUUAGCUGUUGAUGGUAUUAACCACCCUGAUAUACUCAGUAUAAAUGCUGCUUCAACAGCUCUAGCUCUAUCCGAUAUUCCUUGGAAUGGUCCUGUUGGCGCUGUUCGUGUAGGUCUUUGUGAUAACAAUCUAGUUACAAAUCCAACUCGCCGUGAGUUGUCCAACAGUGAAUUAAAUCUUGUUGUUGUAUCAGCAGCUAAAAACUUAGUCAUUAUGUUGGAAGGAUCAGCAAACAAUGUUCUCCAACAAGAUGUGUUGAAAGCAAUUAAAUUUGGUGUCAAAGAAUGUCAGCAUAUAGUAAAUUGUAUUGAUAAUUUGCAAAAAGAAUUUGGCAAACCUAAAAGAGAAUUUGAGACAAAGAAUAUAGAUGACACCAAUGGAAAUUUAGAAACUGUUAUAGAUAGCUUUUGUGAAAUUAAACUUAGAGAAAUAUUUACUAAUGUUAAUCAUCAUAAAAUAUCUAGAGAUAUAGCUGUCAAGGAUGUAAAAACAGAAGUCAUUGAAAAUCUUAAAUCAAAUUUUGAUAACUUAAAUUUAGAACUUUGUUCAAUUAUUUUUGAUAAAGUUUGUAAACGAAUUUUUCGAAAUUUAAUUUUUGAAAAUGAUACUAGAUGUGAUGGUCGUAAACUUGACGAUCUUCGAAACAUAUCAUGUGAAGUUGAUUUAUAUAAGCCAUUACAUGGUUCUGCAUUGUUUCAAAGGGGACAGACCCAAGUUUUUUGUACUGUUGCUUUAGACUCUAUUGACUCUGCCCUUAAACUUGAUCCAAUGACAAUAUUAACAAGUGGCAUCAAUGAGAAGAACUUUUUUCUACAUUAUGAGUUCCCUCCAUAUGCAACAAAUGAUAUUGGUCGAAUGGGUCCAUCUAUGCGCCGUGAAAUUGGACAUGGUGCUUUAGCAGAACGAGGGUUGAGGUCAAUUGUUCCUGAAAACUUUCCGUUCACAAUACGACUUACAUCUGAGGUUCUUGAGUCAAAUGGGUCUUCGUCUAUGGCAUCUAUAUGCGGUGGUAGUUUAGCUUUAAUGGAUGCUGGUGUACCUAUUUCCCAACCUGCUGCUGGAGUGGCUAUUGGCUUGAUCACCAAUUAUGAUGAUAAUGACUCUAAACAUAUUAAAGACUAUAGAAUUUUAACUGAUAUACUAGGAAUUGAAGAUUAUCUAGGUGAUAUGGAUUUCAAGUUAGCUGGUACAAAAAAAGGCAUUACAGCGUUACAAGCAGAUAUAAAAAUUCCUGGCUUACCAUUGAAAAUUGUAAUGGAAGCAGUAGAAGCUGCCACAAGUGCUAAACAUAAAAUUAUAAAUAUUAUGAAUGCAACUAUUCAAAGUACAAGGAAACAAAAAAAAGAUAAUUGGCCAGUGACAGAAAUAUUAAAUGUACCAAUACAUAAAAAGGGUAAACUACUCGGUCCUGGAGGAAUUAAUUUAAAGCGUAUUAUGCUAGAAACUGGUGCACAAAUUUCUUCAAAUAGUGAAAAUGAUGGGUUUACAAUAUUUGCACCUAAUCAAGAUGCAUUAGAUGAAGCUAAAGAAACUGUUGAUAAGCUUAUGGCUGAAAAAUCAGAGCCUCAACUGGAAUUUGGAGCUAUUUAUAAAGCAAAAGUAGUUGAAAUACGAGAAAUUGGAGUGAUGGUCACAUUGUAUCCAUCUAUGCAGCCAACUUUAGUUCACAAUUCUCAAUUAGAUCAAAGAAAAAUAAGCCAUCCAAGUGCAUUAGGUUUAGAAGAAGGACAUGAGAUUCAAAUAAAAUACUUUGGCCGAGAUCCUGUUUCAGGAAUGAUGCGACUUUCAAGAAAAGUAUUACAAGGGCCAUCGUCCAGUCCAGCCCGGAGCAUUGGUGGUAACAUCACUAAGUAGAGAUGAGUUAAUUUAUAUUUAGUCACUUGGAACCAUAGAAAUAAGUAUCUUUUAUACAUCCAAAAUGUGAUUAUUUAUAUGAUACAUUUUUUAUAAUUAAAUAUUUUGUUUUAUGUAUACUGAAA